AAUGAUUUAGGCAUCAGGCAUUAUUUAUGCACAGUGGAGGCAGUCUCAAAUACAUAACCUGAAAAUAAACGAUUUCGAUUUUUUAAUAACACUUUUAAUAUUGACCAAUGGAUCCCAUUUUGCUGACCUUAAUAUCAAGAAAUAAAAAGUGGAGUUCAAUUCUAGAAGCGAGUUGAAUUCUCUCUGAUAGUGAAAAUACAUUACAGCUUUAUCACAAGUAAUUCUGUUUUGAUGACCUUACAUAUGUCAAAAACUUGUCAAACAAAGAUAAUAAAACAAUGGUAUCAGGAGAUAUGGAUGGGUCAUCGUUUGCCAAAAAAGCAUUUGAUCCCUGGCGAUUGCGUUGUAAACAUAUACACAGGCAGGGAAUACGUUUGGAUCGACAGAGGCCUGCUUCGGGCAGAUCGGAGUUGCCAAACCAGGGUUUUAUCUAUAAAAAACACUACUCGCCAAAUAUAGAUGAACAACUGAACAUGUCUAAAGAAUCAUCAGGCAAGGGGUUCCUUAGAAGAGGGAGCAGUGGUAUAUGGAUAAAACGAAACAGCAGUAAGGAUAAGGUGAAGGAUAUAGAACGCGAAGACUCAGAAACUCGACUCGCCAAGAGGGCAAGACUUCAGUCAAGGGUCAGCAUCACUUUGAAAGACUUGAAGAAUUUCCAACCUGAAAAACACGAUGCAAAAUUUUUCGCAAGUAUUUCUCAAAAUGGAGACAGGAACAAUUUGCAAGUGGGUCGUGACUUUGCAAGUGUCUACACAAAUCACCAGUACACAACCGAAGAGAAAGAAAUCCUCUCUAAAUAUGACAGUUUGGACUAUUUGCCUUCACAUAGCGAAGUCUACAGAGAAUGGCUCAAAGAGUUGCCCGCCAGACUGGACUGGGACAGGUGGGUGAUGAUGGCAUUUAUCGGGUUUUCCGUAGGGGUCACUGGGUUCAUGCUCCACCAGAUUACUCAUCUUAUAGCGGAAGUGAAGUGGCAUUACGCAGAGAAGUUUGUCAUCGAUAGUCACGUAAAAGCAUACCUGUGGGUGCUUGGUUACAGUCUAGUCUUUGCCAGUCUAGCUGCCAGCACGGUUGCAUACCUAUAUCCGUCCGCUGCUGGCUCGGGAAUACCAGAAAUCAUAGGCUUCCUCAACGGAACUGCAAUACGUUAUGUGCUCAAUUUCAAAGCCUUCAUUGUCAAAUUCUUCUCCUGUGCUUGUGCUGUCGGGUCGGGAAUGCCAGUUGGACCAGAGGGACCAAUGAUUCACAUGGGUGGUAUCAUUGGUUCAGGGCUUAGUCAAUGUAAAUCUCGAACAUUUCGAUGUACACUCCCUUUCUUUGAGAGAUUCCGGAAUCCAGAAGAUAGGCGGAACUUCACGUCAGCCGGUGCAGGAGCUGGCGUGGCUGCGGCAUUUAGUUCCCCUGUGGGCGGUUUAUUGUUCGCAAUGGAAGAGGUCAGCUCCUUCUGGAGUGAUAAGAUGUCCUGGAUGACGUUCUUCUGCUGUAUGGUGGCAACGUUCACGGCUGAUUUCUUCAACACCGCGUUUGGCAGUUUCAAAAUCGGCAAGAAUUUUGGAUUGUUUCAGACAGACAAAUAUAUUUUGUUUCAGGUCACAAAGGGCAUUCCUGUCAACGUGAUUAUGUUUAUACCAGCUGUUGCAUUGGGAGUUUUGGGAGGUCUCUUGGGAAGUGCUUUUACGAUCAUGAAUGUGAAGAUAUGCCGAACUCGAAUAAAGCUUACUGAACAUGUUAUAAAGAAACCUCUACUUCAAAAGACAGUCAGCUUUCUAGAACCAAUUUUAAUCACGGUCAUAUUUACUACUAUAUCAGUAUAUCUGCCCAUUGCCUUUGACUGUAAGGCAAAUGUGUGCCCAUCCAACGCAACAUACGCUGCCGCACAUCGUCCAACAUUACACCCAUUGGAUCCUCACAGACAUAAACGAGCUGGAUUCUUUGAAUCUGAACAUUCAUACGAUGAUAAGAAACAUCUUUAUGUGGAUCCAAGUGAUCCAAUGUUUGAUCAAAUAAGGGAUGUUUGCAAUAACUCAAAGUUUACUUAUAAAGUAGAGCCUAAUCUACCUCAUUUGGGCUGCAAGAUAAGCAACAACAUAAAAGGUGCUUACACAAACAAAUCAUUGGACCACAAUGGACACACAUAUCAUUUUAAUGAUUUCAAUGAGAUUUCGGUGUUACUUAAUGUCCCCGGGGCUGAUGCAAUACGCCAUCUAUUCUCACGUCAAACCCAUCUACAGUUUGAUUAUAUCCCAUUACUCGUAGUCUUUCCCAUCUACUUUAUCAUGGCAUGUUGGGCAGCUGGUAGUUCAGUUUCUAGUGGAUUUGUAGUCCCCAUGCUAUUUAUAGGUGGUGUAUAUGGUAGGAUAGUUGGAAGAGCAGCAGUGGACAUAUUUGGUGAAACAUCUGAAGACGAUUAUUGGAGAUGGGUAGACCCAGGUGCAUUUGCCUUAAUAGGGGCAGCGUCUUUCUUUGGAGGCGUUUCUCGACUCACAAUGUCUCUUACAGUCAUAAUGAUUGAGUUAACCAAUGAUGUCCUUUUCUUACUGCCAAUUAUGGUCACGAUAAUGGUUUCCAAAUGGGUUGCUGAUUAUAUCACUCAUCCUUUAUACCACUCCCUUCUAGAGCUUAAGUGUAUGCCCUUCUUGCCAAAUGAACCAGUUAUCGUCGACAAUAAACAAACUGUUAUUAAUUUGGAGCAAUAUCAAGCACAAGAGGUCAUGGCAAGCCCCGUCUGCACAAUAAAGACUGUGGAAUCAGUCAAAGAAUUGGCACAGUUGCUAACGGAAACAGAUCAUGGUGGAUUUCCUGUAGUGACUCAUGACAAAGAGACAGAUCAUUAUGUUUCCUAUGGAAUUAUAGGACGUACAGAGCUGUAUAUUAUUCUCUGUUCGAAGUCAAUUUCAAGUGCUGCUGAUAGUCAGUCAGAGGUGCUGGUGUCUCCAAAGCUUACAUACCAAGAGGUGUCUCAAGUAAAAGGAACCUUAGAUUUGGGAGAGGUCUUCGAUUCACUCAAUAGCCUAGCAAAUGACCAAAGAUAUCAACAUGUACAUGUCAAUUUGUCUCCAUUUAUUAAUAAAUCUGCUCCAAAUAUCGACCAGAACUUUUCACUCCAUCGGACCUAUUUAGUCUUCCGCACCCUGGGUCUGCGCCAUCUGACGGUGGUUGAUAGAAACAAUAGAGUAGUUGGUAUGAUUACAAGAAAGGAUUUAAUGGGGUAUAAUUUAGAGAAAAAACUUGAUGUGCAUGGUCGAAAUAAAGCCAGUAAGGAGGAGCGUGAAGAAAAGUUACGAAUGAUCAAUGGACGUGAAAUGGAACUUUAAUCUAUGACGUGGCCUGUAAUGUGGAAACGCUGGGAAGAACCAUUAAUUUGAACACAAAUCACGGAAAACAUAUUAUAGCAUGUUGAAAUAAAGAAUUGACACCACAUAUAAUUAGGAAUUGAUAAAUAUAAUAUUAUUUGUUCCUUUCCUUUUCUAUAUGACAUGGCAGAGUAUGGCACAUGGCAUAUUUUAUCCGUCAAAAUAUAAAAAGGCGUCAUGUUUAUUAAAUCUGGUUCCCAUCUGAUACCUACCCGUGAUUUGCUCGCCCUUUGAGAAAAGUGUUUGGCGGAAAACUUAUGUCUCAAAUAUUGGCCGCCUUGGAUGAAUAAAAAUGUUAUUUUAUAUGUAUAUUAUUCCAACUUUGCUAA